CACAAAUUAUUUAUGCAGUAAAUGGCAGCAUUAUUAAGGUACCGUUAUAGCUUUGUGGCUGGCGCUUGUGCAGCUGGCGGCAGCUUUUUUGGCAAGCUGCCCAGUUUUUUAACCGCACGGCGUUUGCUGCUACCUGUUUUAAUAGAUCAUGAAUAUGCCGCACUGUUUUUAAUGCAACUGCUGCCACUUGGGCUAAUGCUCUUCUGUAAUGUGUGCAACCUGCGUUACUUUCUUAAGGCUCUGCAGAUGACGCAGCAAACAUUGACGGCAACAGUGCUAACAGCUGCCUCCAAUUACAUUCUCUCGUUUAUAUUAGGUGCGCUUGUUUAUGGUGAACCGCUAACGGCGCUGUCCGGCAUUGGCAUGACGCUAAUAUUAGCUGGACUUUGGUUUCUUUGCGAGCCCACCACAAGUGCAACGACUACAGUGGAACAAAUCACUCCAGAUAAAAAGAAAAUUUAAUGAAUUGCCAUUCCAAUUAAAGUGCAGAUCAUUAGUAAUAAGUCAUGUUAGUUUACUUAUAUAAUUCUUGUUUAAUGUACCUAUUUUGCAAAUACAUAAUCCGUUCAUGUUUACCA